CAUACACACACGCACACACGCACACACGAGCGCGCGCACACACACACACACACACACACACACACACACACACACACACACACACACACACACACACACACACACACACACACAAACACAUGCACACACACACAUUGAGUCUGCGUGGGUGGAGUUAAGGGGAACGUGUCUUGAGGGGGUUUUCUCAAAAGACAUCAGAACUCCCUGCCGACUUGUGGAUCACACUCCACGGUAACUUUUUUCCAGAACUCCACGACUUCAUUCCAGGGCGUCAAAGGUGUAUUACGCACGGGCUCCAAAUGAAGAGCGUAUUUUUUCGGACAUAAUAGGCCUACAAGGGCAUUUACGCGUGAAAUAUUUUUCAAAGAAUGCCACCUUGGUGUUAUAAGUAAUACAGCUAAUUAAUGUUAUCUUUGCAUGCUUCUGAAGCGUCUAAAGGUAAGCCGGGAUGGAAAGAGGUUCGCCGGCUCUUUCGCGUCUCGAACCUCCCUUGCGCGCCGCGCGUAAAAGCGAGUGGCUUCGGAGCGCCCUGGCGCACCACCACCGCUCCGGGUCCGCGUUAGUAGAGAACGAAAUAGUCGUCCUUGCCACCGGGAUCGACCAGUAUCUUCAAGAGGUGUUCCACCACCUUGCACAUCCAAGUCGCGAAGACACUGUGUCGGCAGAAGACUUCACAGCGCUCUGCUUGGUGCUGGGGCUCCAGGCGGACGCAGAGCGCCGGACGACGAUAGAUGAUGAAGAUGAGGAAGAUGAGUCCCGGUGGAUCUGUGUUGGUCUCCCAGGCGAGCUCUCCUUCAAGGAGUUUCACUCGCGCCUCUGUGGGUACUUUCGUGUGCGCGCUGCCGGCGGCACCGAACUCGACAAAGCCGACGUCAAGCGCCUGAACUUUUCCCAAGAGACGGAACUUGUGGAACGCGAGAUUCGACUCCGGUGUCCGAGGGUCCGACGAAGGAAGUGUGUCAGCUUUGAUCUGUCCGUGGACCAGACAAGGGUUCUAUCCAAAACCAUGAAGGAAAAAGUGCACUCAGAGGACUACGAUCAAGCAGGUGUGGAGGCCGCUGCUCUGAGGGAGCUGGUGGAGGACCUACGCGCCGCUCUGCAGGGCAGCGACGCCCGGUGUCUGUCCCUUGAGGUGGCCCUCCAGAGGCGUAGCAGGGCCUUGCACCACAGCCCAUCCUUCUCCAUCACCUUGUCCCAGCCUUCCAGCAGCAACACAAGCAGCCCCAAACCAUCCCCGGACCGGAGUGUUGGAGGGAAAUGGACGGAGAGGAUGAGGAGAGCGGCCCCGAGCCGGAGGGCCGAUGGAGACCCCAUUCUCCGGGAGCUGAGGCUGAUUCGUGAGUCGCGUGACGGACAACUCGAGGAGGCGAUUCGCUUCAAUCAGCGCCUGGAGGAGGAGCUUGGCUGGGCCUAUCAGGAGGUCCGACGACGGGCAGACGUGGAAUCGUCACUGCGAAAGGAGAACGCUGCGAUCAGGAGGCGGGCAGAAGAGGCCAGGGAGGCUGUGAAGCAAGGCUUACGGCUGAUCCAGGAGCAGGCUCAGAGCGUCCCUGAGCUACAGAGCACCAUUGCCCAGCUGGAGAAGGAGCUGCAACACUACAGGUCCCAGUGUACACGCAUGACUGACACAACUUCCAAAGGAUAUUAUCAAAUGGGAGCAGAGCAGACCUGCACUGGAAUGGAAGCUGCCGAGGGCCUCCAGCGGGCAGUGGAGGGGAGGGCAGCCUCGGAUGAGGAGGAGGAGGACCGGGAGCAGGGCAUGAAGGAGGGGAGGGUGGAGGAUGGUGGCCGCUGUUGUCUGGUGGAGAUGAAGAAGUUCAUCAAUAGGCCACACACCUGUGGCCAAGGAUGUCAGAAUCCCGUCAUGAGGACCCUGCUGUCCCAGGACCCCCUCCAACACCAGAAGCCCUCCAGAUCCUCCAGCAAGGACAGGGGGCGUGGUGGGGCGGGACAAGCCCAGCCAGAAGAGGGGCCGACAGGUGAGGAGGCCUCGGGGCCCGGGGCCCCCCUGCAGGUGCUAGACCGGUCCCAGGUGGCCCUGCUAGAGGAGAAGGUAGCUGACGCGCUCGCCCUGCUACUGCAGCUACGCAAAAAGAACAUUUCCUGCAGGGCUGUGGGGAAGACCUCCGGGGAGGAGCUGUGCAGCAGAAGCAGGCAUGACCCCGCCCAGAUGAUCCAAGUGGCGGACGCGCUCUGUGCCCAGCUCCAGCUCUCGACCAAUGAGAUCGCGCAACGUGAGGAUGGUUGCCAUGUAGCCAAUGAGGAGGGCGGUGGAGGAGGCGUGGCUACGUUUGGGACGCACACCAAACAGUCCUCUAGCUGCCAAAGCAAUAGCAGGGGCAUCAACACUCUAGUCAUCUCCUGUUAGCGGCACACACAAACACUGUUUAGGUAGGCCUACAUCUGUUUAAAACUGGUAACUGUUUUUAACAUUACUGCUUUUUAUGUCAUCCCUACACUCAACGUUGACGGCAAAUCAUCUGAGUGUACGGUGAUGAUAGAUAAUAGCUCAUGUUAAACCAUUUGCAGAGUUAUAUUAUUACUUUAUUAUUCUAUUUUGUGUAUAUAUUGGCUUUACUGGAGGAAGAUCAUGGGCACCCCUGACUACUUAUUUUAUCUUACCUCUAAAAGCCACACGUGUCCUUAUUCUGAAUUAUUCGGAACUCUAUAAGCCUCUACUUUAUAAGCAUAUUUUUCCAUGCCAGGGCUUUGAGACUGUACGUGGAUGUACGAGGAUCAUGUAGUCAUCUAGUAAAUGUCUUAAUUUAUGUUUUGUUUAUUUUAAAGUUUUUUUAUAUGAUAUAUAUAUUUUUAUUUACCAGAUCACCAAAGCUAUUGUAAUGUAUUAAAUGAUGUAUCCUAUUUCCUUUAAAGGAUUAACCCUGAAUACAUUGACUCAAAUUGUUCUGAUUAAAACUAUAUAAAAUCUAAGUGAACUUUGUUUUUUCAGUUAAUUUUGUGUCUCUGCUUUAUUUUAGUGUUUCGAUUUCGAUAUUUAGUGUUAACAUUAAAUAGGGGCAAUUCUAUAUUCUCAGAUACCAAUGAAGACACAAGGCCAUGGUAUGAAAUAAUAAAAGUCCUUUAUUCCAGCAAUUCACCAAGUCUUGCAGGGGCCGAGAGAGCAAGCCUUCUGGAGAGGCUUGACAAUGCAGUCCAGAAGCAACACAUGAACCUCUGCCUGAGUAUACAUACACCUUUUUUUUUGCUAUUAUAAUAUAUUAGAAGUUUGUUAUGGGACAUUUUUAGAACAGAAGGCCAGUGAUAUUGUGUCAGUAAUCUAUAUGGCUACCUGUACUUGGCACGUAGUUCCGUGGGUUGGAUGUAGGUAUAGAAAUGGAUCCUUUGGGCUAUACACAACACACUAAUUGUGCUCAAAAUCAUUGGUUAACAAUAAGUUUAAUGGUUUUAGAUUUUAUAGAGUUAGAUAGGACAGUUUGGUCUCCCUUGAUUCUCAGCUAUUUAGCCUUAUAAACCCAAAUAUAAAGUGAUAAUUACAACAUCAUAAUCAAUCUACUGCACACCUGUUAAUGAUAAAAGUGAAUUAGAGAGACACACCUCUGUGGUGCGCAUGGCUCCUGAUUGGUUCACUUUAGAUUAAGCCCGCCCUGAUACAUCUGAACAUAGGUUCCCAAUGCAAGACAAGGGUGUGUUUGUGGGGCUAUUUAUCCAACUACUGAUCAAUUGAGGCUAGCUACAAAGUUUUGACUGGCCCAUUGCAAAAAAGAGGGAAAACAUUAUUACAUAAAAA